AUGGCAAGCCGGAUUAUGACUAAUCUAGACGACUCAGGGUACCACACAGCUAGCGAUCAUGAGUAUGAUGAAGUCGAAAGUUUGAGAAAGGCUAUCCCGAGCAGAACUGCCGCGAACGAAACUGUUCCUACCAAGAAAGAUUUAGGCUACAUCUCGAGGAGACUGCAGAGCAGCGCCUUCAUAAGCGAUUUGCAGCAUGGAUUGAGCUUUAAUAAUGCGCUGACCAGACUACAAACGAUGAAAGCUCUGAUGGAACAACUGGUGUCGGAUGCCAUCGAUAACAAUGUGGAGAGCGGGGAUGAUUUCCAGGAUUGUGCAUCAUCGCAUGAUUCUCUUGAAGAUAAGGGUGUGGAGGAACCAAAGGGUAUUACUCGUGUUACAACGCCAAAGUUGAUUCCCAUGUAUAAUGACGUGGUGAUCCCACAGGAUAAAUAUCCAGACAACGGGGCCCACGAAGAUGCUACGGAGAACGAAAGGGAGAUGGCGGAGUUGGAACCUCUGACUGUAAUAUCAUCGCACGAGAAGAAGGAUCAUAAGAUACUGCGGUCGAGGAUAAGGCAAAUCAAUGAUCUCAAAGUACAACCAAAACAGAAGGCGAUAAUGAUUCAAAAAUUAAUGAUGGGUAACGUUAAAAUCGCAAACGACCAGGUGGACAAGCGGUGUGCGGGAAGUAGCGAUGAUAGCGAGCUAAUUUCAGUAGAGUCAAUUACCACGCCAGAUGAUUUGCGACCAGUUUUUCAGAGACCAGGCGUACUGGGCUGUCCGCAUUACCAGCGAGCUUGCAAAUUGCUAUGCGGAGUCUGUAAUAAGUGGGUUCCUUGCAGGUUAUGCCACGACGAGUUGCAGCAUGAUAAUCCUCACGUACUGGACAAAGACAGAAUAUAUUGGAUCAUGUGUAUGAGAUGUCAGAACGUUCAACGGCCUUCAAGAGCCUGUGAAAAAUGCUUGGAGGAGUUUGCAUCGUAUUGUUGCGAAAAAUGUAAACUUUACGAUAACGACGAGGCUAAAGAUAUUUACCACUGUGAUAAAUGCGGGAUUUGCAGAUUAGGUUUGGGAUUGGGUGUGGAUUUUUUCCAUUGUGACGGUUGCCAGGCAUGUCUCUCCAUCGAGCUGCAGGACAACCACAAAUGUAUCGAACGAGCAACAAUGUCAAACUGCCCAAUCUGUGGGGAGUACAUGUUCACCUCGGUAAAGCCAGUUGUUUACAUGUCACCGUGCGGCCAUGCCAUCCAUCAGCAUUGCUUCGACGAAUAUACUAGACACUCCUACAAAUGCCCACAUUGCCAAGUAACGGUUCUCAAUAUGGAUGCUCAGUUUAGGGUACUGGAUAAAGAGAUAGAAGAGCAACCAUUGCCAGAACCUUACAGCAACUGGAUGUGCAUUGUUUCAUGCAACGAUUGCAAAGGCAGAAGCAAAUGUAACUAUCACAUUUUAGGCCUAAAAUGCGGACACUGUUUGAGCUAUAACACCAUCCAGGUAAAGUUGAUCAAGCCUGAAAAUGGCGAAGAAGAUAAUCGCAUAAAUUCUGCUGCAUUGGAACAGUUCAGUCACUCAAUGAACCACUCACUAAGCGAAAACUUGCUACGGGACCACUUCCAAACAGAGGAAAUAUCUCCCAUCAUUAACAUGGAUAAUUCCAUGUUAUCAAAUUUCGAUCAGUACAUGAACGGAUACUUCAAAGAGGCACAUCGCGACGGAGACAAGGAAAGUCAUAAUGUCAAUGACUUUAUAAAUACCAAGAACCUCUUCGGACAAGAAAAGAGUGAGAAUGAUGGCUGUUCAUCCAACAUCGCGGAAUCACAAGGUAUGAGCAGGGUUGGCUCGCUGACGGGCAAAUUCAAGCAACUAAUAGGUGACAGCUUACCUGUACAAAGAUCAAUAACCGACGUGUUUCAGAUGUGGAGGCAAGAAGGUGGCAGCGGACAAGAAAAUUUGCCACAGCAGUCGAGUCCCGACGACCCAGAUAAGUAG